AUGCUAAUGGCUUCGCAAUCCCCCGCCGUCCCCGUCACUGGCGUGAUAUUCGAUAUUAGAACUAUCGUGGACUCUGGCGCCGGCUGCGGAGCCACUAGAGGGGCGCUUUUAGAAGACUCAGGGACGGCAGGCGAGGGGAAAGGGUCGCGGCUUGCGGGGGCAGCGGGCGGUGGGGGUGGGGGCGGGGGAGAUAGUGGGGGCGGGGGUGGCAGUGGGGGGAAGAGCAGCGGAGGCGCGGAGAGAGGGGCCGUGGCGGGGGUGGGAACCGAAGGGGGAGUGUUCAAGGUGUCCGGGAGAACCAUACGGACGCUGUGCCGGCUGCACUAUAGUGGCGUGCACAUGUCCACCACGCUCGUAGUGCUGGGUGGAGAAGCAGUGGGGGAGGUGCGAGUGCUGGCAGGCCCAACAGCAGCUACCCUCACGUCGUCCGCAUGCUCCUCCCUGCCCUGUUCUCCUCUGCAAUGGCAUCAGCAUAACUCCGCACUGCAGGGCGAGGCUGUAUUGCCUGACGUGGAGCUGGUAGCGCCCUUGCUGACACGGCUGAGCCACCAGGCAUCGGGUUAUGCCAUGAUCCCCUACAGCAUGAAGUGGUCUCGGGAGCUUGACUUCCUCAAGCGCAGAGCAUUUCCCCUUCUUCCAUCACCAUCACAAGCAGCACCCGCCCUUCUCUUCUCUCCGCUCACCCUUUCCCAACCUCUCACUGCUUCUGAUAGCCACAACCACAGCAGCAGCUUCUCACAGCUGCCAAUGCCCUCCACUUCAAGCCCUACCGUUGUGCUGCAUAAAGCAACGGACGAGAUUGUCCAAGUGGAUGCAUCAAUGGACGGGGUUCAUCUCACAUUCUCACCACCUUUUCAACACCUUCUUGACUACUGCAGCAGCAGCUCGGGCAGCCUCAAAAUAGUUGACCCGCUGCCCGCAGUCCUCCCGUUGACCGACCGAGUGAAAACACUCUCGCUCCUCUCUGAUCUACUCUCCACCACCCAUGAGCCCGGGACUGCAGCGCCUUCAGCUGUUCUCAGGGUUCCACGCUUUGUACAGGUGCCGGACAUAAGGCAGACGGCAGCAGUGCUGGCAGCAAUGGCAGCAGCAGGGGUGCGCCUUCCAGUGAUAGUCAAGCCGCGCAUUGCAUGUGGCGCUGCUGCCAGCCAUGCCAUGGCAAUUGUCUUUUCAGAAGAUGCCUUCGCCACGCUUUCAUUGCCAUCGCCCUCGGUCAUCCAGGAGUACGUGGACCACGGGGCGUGCCAGUUCAAGUGCUACGUGCUGGGCGACGCCUUCUUUGCUGCUGAGAGGCGCAGCACUCCCGAUGCCGCGCCGCUGCUGCAGCAGCAGGGACAGGCACAUGGGGAGGCCGGGCAGCAGCAAGAGGAGGAGGAGGAGCAAAGGGCGAAGGCAUCAGCGGCACCAGCAGCGAUCUCGUUUGACAGCCUCAAGUCCCUCCCCAUGGCCUUCCCAAGCCAGCCCAGCGAGAAGCAGCAGCAGCAACCACCAUUGCCUCAGCCUGUGAACUCCAGCGGUGGAGCAAGGCAGGCCGUGACCCCCCCUCCCGCUGGAGCCGUGGGGGGCUUCAACGAGGCUGUGGCACGCCGGGCAGCUGACCUGCUGCGCUCUGCUCUCGGCCUCACACUCUUUGGCUUUGAUGUCCUUGUGCAGGAGGGCACAGGAGAGCACGUGGUGGUGGACGUCAACUACUUUCCCUCCUUCAAAGACGUUCCCGACCACCUCGCCAUCCCGGCCUUCCACACCGCCUGUGCCUCCCGCUGCCUUGUAUAG